AUGGAUGAGCUACGAGAUCGAAUUAGCAACACGCUUCGAAUUGAAGACAAUAAACUCGUUCGCGAGUUACUGGCCGAGUGUAUAGGAACAUUUUUUCUACUGUUUAUCGGCAUCGCAGCUAAUAUACAAGCCGCUGCUUCUGUCGGUGGUAAUAUGACAUCGUGUUAUAUCGCCUGGGGUCUUGGAUUCAUGUUUGCCGUAUAUCUUGCUGCUAGUGUAUCAGGUGCUCACCUGAAUCCUGCCAUUUCUACUGCUCAAUGUGUGCUGGGUAACAUUCCUAUGUGGAAAGUCUUCCUGUAUGCGAUAGCUCAACUCAUUGGGGCUUACUUGGGAGCAGCAGUCAGUUAUUUUGGUCACCACGAUGAUCUUUGGAAGUUAGAUGGUGGAAAUCGACAUGUGACUGGAGCUCGAGCAACAGCCGGUCUCUUCACCACUUUCCCAUCGGCACACAUGAGCACUUGGGGUAGCCUUCUAGAUCAGAUCCUUGGCACUGCAAUUCUUGCUGGCCUUAUCUGCCUUAUCACCGACAAACGACACAAGAUCCCAACUGGAUUUGUACCUCCAGCAGCCGGAGCGAUUAUGUGCAUGAUUGCUAUGACAUAUGGUGCGAACGGAGGAUUUGCGAUCAAUCCUGCUCGAGAUCUUGGACCACGACUGUUCACGCUUUGUGCCGGUUACGGUUGGGAGGUGUUCAGCGCCUACGGAUACUACUUUUGGAUUCCAAUCGUCGGUCCUAUGAUUGGUGCCUUAAUUGGAGCAUGGUUAUAUAAAUUGUUUAUCGGAUUACACGGUCUUAAUGAAGAUUUUGAGAUUUGCUCAAAAGGAUACAGUGUAAGUUUACCAAUAAAUCGAAAUAUCGAUCAGAAUGCUGAGACAGUUAUCAGAUCAUAA